AUGGCCGUAGGAAAAGGUGGAAAAGGAGGAAAAGGUAUGGGUAAAGUUGGUGCUAAAAGACACUCCAGAAAAUCUAAUAAAGCAUCAAUUGAAGGAAUUACUAAACCCGCUAUCAGAAGAUUAGCAAGAAGAGGAGGAGUAAAAAGAAUUUCUUCUUUCAUUUAUGAUGAUUCAAGAUAAGUAUUAAAAUCCUUCUUAGAAAAUGUAGUUAGAGAUGCUGUUACAUAUACUGAACAUGCAAGAAGAAAAACUGUUACUGCUAUGGAUGUAGUAUAUGCUCUCAAGAGACAAGGAAGAACUCUUUACGGAUUUGGUGGUUAAUAUAAACUAAAAAAAUAAAUUGCCUAAAAGUCGAAUUAUUAUUAAAAAAACGACUCUUCCGAAAAAAAUAAAAACUUUUUUUCUUAAAAAAUCAGUAUCAUUGUAUUAUAAGUCUCAUAUACUUUAGAUAUGAACAUGAAUCACGGUGAACCAUAUUGUUUUUAUAGAAAACUAAAUGCAGAAGAAGAACUAUUAAUUACAUAUGAAGUAAGUGGUAGAAAUCCUGAUUAAGUUUCAUUUAAGUUAUACGAUGAAGAAAACAAAUAUUCACCAUUUCAUUAAUAAGCUAGAAUGAGAAACGGUUAAUAUCUUUUAAAAUGUCAAAAAUCAUAAGAAUAUAUACUUUGUUUCUAAUCUUUGGAUAAUUAAGGAAAAGUAUUAUAAUUUGAAAUGGAUUUAAUUAAUAAUAAGCAUAAUAAUUAUAUAAAUGAUAAAUCAUUCAGAUAAACAUAUGAUAUGACUAUUAAAUGUUAUGAAAAUAUGCAUAAUAUUUAUAGUAGACUUAGACAUUCUUUAAAAAGACAUGAAGUUUAAUAAAAUUAUAUUGUAUCAACUGAAAACAAAGUUAAGUGGUGUAAUAUUGUAAAAAUGUUAUUUAUGAUAAUUAUUACAGGCAUUUAAAUUUUAAUCUUAACUGGAAUGUUUAAAGAUUACAAUUCUUUUAGCGUUUGA